AUGUUAGCUGGAACUAUUGGAUCUGCACAGAUAAUGGUGUUGUCUGGAUUAGGACCCAGAGAGCAUCUUGAAGAGUUAAAGAUUCCAGUGAUUUGUGAUCUUCCAGUGGAAGACAACCUUCGGGAUCACCUGAUGACAUUUCUUAGAGUUCUUAUAGAUCAACCGCUGUCAACGAGUCCCGAAAAGUUAAAUAAAUCGUCUUACCGUACAUCACCCUGCGGCAGUGAAGCUAUUGCCUUUGCCAGGACUCGAGAUGACCUGGAAUAUGGAAACCCUGAUGUGGCAUUCCACAUGCUUGUUAAUUUGUCGGAGAGAAAACAUAUCGAGCGAAUGCUUAGUUUUUACUCCAAGAAACAGCUGAAGACUAAAGUGUUCAGAGAUAUCGGAGCCCGACUGGACACGACGAGGGUCCCGACGUGUAGUCAGUACACCUACGACUCUGACAGGUACUGGCAGUGUUACGUCAGGUCAAUCACUAUCACGGUGUACCACCACACUGGUACCUGCAAGAUGGAGGCGAUCACAGACCCCUCCACUGUGGACAACCCUCAACUCGGACCGAUGGCAGGUCCGGCGUCCAUCCUUGCCGUUGUCAACGUCGCUGUUCUGGCGUUCCUAAUGAGAUCAUACAUCUUUAACAACAGCCACAACGUCGACGAAGAUGACCUGUUAGUUGAGAAGGUGAACGACUCCUAUGACUACAUUGUAGUUGGUUCCGGUUCUGCUCGGUCUGUGAUUGCUGCUCGUCUGUCAGAAGAUCGUGACGUCACAGUCCUCGUUUUGGAAGCUGGGUUGGAUGAUAGAAACGAGGCUAUAUUUGAUAUACCUUCAGAGGCACCGAAAGCUGAGAGAUCGAAAAUCGACUGGGAGUAUUACACCGAACCACAAAAGCAGGCGUGCUGGGCUUUGAAAGAAAGGAGGUCAGACUGGCCUAGAGGUUGAGUGUUGGGUGGAACCAGUCAGAUGAACUAUAUGGCGUAUGUCCGGAGAAACCGGUUUGACUAUGACAGCUGGGCGGCCCAGGGGUGUGACGGGUGGAGCUACAAAGAUGUUCUUCCGUACUUCAAGAAAUCAGAGGACAUGCAGGACGAGGAGCUCGCCAAAUCAGGUUUUGCUGUUUUACAGUCCACAUUGGGAGAUGGUGAACGGUCAAGCACGUCCAAAUCAUUUCUGUGGCCAGCAAGAAAAACACGAACUAAUCUCCAUAUUGCUAUACAAGCUCAUGUAACCAAGGUCAUAAUUAAAAAUAAGAAAGCUGUUGCUGUAGAAUUUGUCAAAAACGACAAAGUUCAAAGAGUGAGAGCCACAAGGGAGAUAAUUCUGUCAGCUGGAACUAUCGGUUCUGCACAAAUAAUGAUGUUAUCUGGAUUAGGACCAAGAAAACAUCUUGAAGAGCUUAAGAUCCCCGUGAUUGCUGAUCUGUCAGUUGGUGACCUUCAGGAUCAUGUGAUGACGUUGCUCAGGGUUCUGAUAGAUCAGCCGUUGUCAACGGGUUACCGCACAACACCAUGUGGGAAUGAGUUCGUUGGUUUUGUCAGAACCAGAAAUGACCUGGAAUAUGGAAACCCCGAUGUGCAGUUUCAAAUGCUCGUCAAUUUGCCAUCCAGAAAAUGUUUCGAAUUGUUAUUUGACACGAAGGUUAGUGACCAUCUAGGAUGGGAGGAAGGAGAAGGGUUUUCUCUUUCUUCUAUAGCGUUGCGACCUAGGAGUGUCGGGACGCUUCGCCUACGGAGCUCGAAUCCGUUUGAAUAUCCAUUAAUGCAACCCAACUACCUCACAGAGACUGAAGACAUGAUGGUUAUAGUAAAAGGAAUAUCUGGUCUGCGUGUAGCUGAUGCCUCCAUUAUGCCCAAAAUUAUUUUUGGAAAUACCAAUGCUCCUUGUAUUAUGAUUGGAGAAAAGGCAGCCGAUCUGAUCAAGGGAAAUAACUUUAUAUGACAAUAAUACGCGUAAUAGGUGAAAUAUUACAAUUCAAAGAUUCCAAAUACAGACGAAGAUGCGAA